UCCCCCCGCACACGCCCCCAGCACCUGGAAACGACGGCGGAGCGGCUGAGCCUAGCGACUGGUUUCAUGGCCGCCCCAAAGAAGGCAGUUGUGGGGCCGUUGGUGGGGGCAGUGGUCGAGGGGACUAACUCCUCCCGCUUUCUGGUUUUCAAUCCAAAAACAGCGGAGCUCCUUAGUCACCAACAAGUAGAAUUUACACAAGAGUAUCCAAAAGAAGGAUGGGUGGAACAAAACCCGAAGGAAAUCAUCCAGUCCGUCUACGAGUGCAUAGAGAGAACGUGUGCGCAGCUUAGCGAACUGAGUGUUGAUGUAGCCGACAUAAAAGCCAUCGGUGUCAGCAACCAGAGGGAAACCACUCUGAUUUGGGACAAGUUCACCGGAGAGCCGCUCUACAAUGCGGUGGCGUGGCUCGACCUCCGCACCCAGUCCACCGUGGAGACGCUCAGUAAGAAAAUCCCGGGAAAUAACAACUUCGUCAAGUCCAAGACAGGCCUUCCCCUUAGCACUUACUUCAGUGCCGUGAAAGUUCGCUGGCUUCUUGACAAUGUGACAACAGUUCAAAAGGCUGUUGAGGAAGGGAGAGCUCUUUUCGGGACCAUUGAUUCGUGGCUCAUCUGGAAUAUGACAGGAGGAGUCAAUGGAGGUGUCCACUGCACCGAUGUGACAAAUGCAAGCAGGACGAUGCUGUUCAACAUUCAUUCUUUGGAAUGGGAUAAAGAGCUCUGCGACUUUUUUGAAAUUCCGAUGAGCAUUCUUCCAAAUGUCUGCAGUUCUUCUGAGAUCUAUGGCAAAAUGAAAGCUGGGUCCUUAGAAGAUGUACCAAUAUCUGGGUGUUUGGGGGACCAGUCUGCUGCACUAGUGGGACAAAUGUGCUUCCAGGAAGGACAAGCCAAAAACACGUAUGGAACAGGUUGUUUCUUACUGUGUAAUACAGGUCGUAAGUGUGUAUUUUCUGAUCAUGGUCUUCUGACCACAGUGGCUUACAAAUUAGGUAAAGACAAGCCAGUAUGCUAUGCGCUGGAAGGUUCUGUUGCUAUAGCUGGUGCUGUUAUUCGCUGGCUCAAAGACAAUCUCGGAAUUAUAGAGACCUCAGAAGAAAUUGAAAAACUUGCUAUAGAAGCAGGUUCUUCUUUUGGCUGCUACUUCAUCCCAGCCUUUUCGGGGUUAUAUGCACCUUAUUGGGAUCCCAGUGCAAGAGGGAUCAUCUGUGGUCUCACUCAGUUCACCAAUAAAAGUCAUAUUGCUUUUGCUGCAUUAGAAGCUGUUUGUUUCCAAACUCGAGAGAUUUUGGAUGCCAUGAACCGCGACUGUGGAAUUCCACUCAGGCAUUUGCAGGUAGAUGGAAAAAUGACCAACAACAAAAUUCUUAUGCAACUACAAGCAGACAUUCUGCACAUUCCAGUAAUAAAACCCAUUAUGCCUGAAAUAACUGCUCUGGGAGCCGCCAUGGCAGCAGGAGCUGCAAAAGGGGUGGACAUUUGGAGUCUUGAACCUGAGGAUCUGUCAGACAUUGUAAUGGAACGGAUUGAGCCACAGAUAAAUGCCAUGGAAAGUGAAAGUCGUUAUUCUACAUGGAAGAAAGCUAUGCAGAAGUCAAUGGGUUGGGUUACAACUCAGUCUACUGAAAAUGGUGAUUCUCCUGCCUUCUCUAGUCUGCCCUUGGGUUUUUUCAUAGUGAGUAGCAUGAUAAUACUAAUUGGAGCAAGGUACAUCUCAGGUAUACCAUAA